GUAAAAUCUUGAACUUUUUGAGGAAAAAAUUCGAUAAUAAAUUUAAUUUGCCAAUAAUUGAUUAUUAUUAAGCGAUUAAUCUAUUGCGUUUGCAUGUCCUCCUUAUUUCUUAAUAAAUAACACAUACAUGUUACACGCUAUAUAUACAGAUUGAUUCAAGCAAUUGUAACAAAUCAUAUCUUUUUUUUGUUGGAAUUUAGAAAAAAUAUUAUAAGAAAAAGAUUAAUGGUUCAGAAUGAACUACAUUGUUGACGCACACGUGCGUCUCUCCAUUGUUCACGGUACUUUCUCUUAAGGAUCAUAUUAAGGAUCAUAUAACACCAUUGGAAACAGUUAUCCAUGAAAACCUAUCGGCUAAUAGCUAAUAAAACACAUAGAUAAAAAACAUAUGGGCACCUUUGUCUAGGGUUAGGUAUUUUUAGUAAAAUAUCUGGGUUUUGAUAAUAUGUCAACCCGUUCAAUAAAUAAAUGGUAAAAGUAGAAGCCUAGGCUCGAUAAGUCAAGGGUUGUCUAGGGCUCUUAGCCUUGAAAUAUUCAUUGGCACCCUAUAAUCUAAAAAAGUACUAGAACAAAGGGUCACAUAUGGAAUGUUUAAACACUUCAAUGAACUAUCGCCGACUAAUGGACAUUUAUUCUUUUCCUUUCCAUAUGUCGAACUCCGCUUUUUACCAAUCUUAUUUAAGUUUACAUGGAUAAUUCAAAAUAGGUCAAAAGGCAGUCAAUUUUCGGACUCACAGCAUUUAAGCAGUCAAGCCACAUCUUUCAGACUCACAACGUCUAAAUUCUCAGGUCUCCUUCAAAAGCAACCAGUACAGCUAACUACACAUCAUACAUGAGACACACAAACAAUUGUAACUCAUCCAAUCAAAUACACGGUGAGAUUUACAUAUUGCGCAAUUACUUCUCCAUUUCUCACGGGAUCCUUUAAAAGAACGUGCGUUCUCCCAUUAAUUUGCGGGAACGCGGCGAGCGGUAUUUUGCUGACGGCCUGCCACGGUAUCCUAGCCUAGUGCCGCCGCCCUUAUUCAUCGUGACCAGUGGGUCUAUGGCUUGGACAUUAAGGACGAGACCAGGGACAUUUCCUUCGUGCCAAUCGACUGUCAUUGCUGGUCCGGUGCGAGAAGCGCAUUUUAAAAACGCUCUCAUCAACAAUCAACAUAUAUAUUAACGAUUAUAUUUUUUUCGCAAGUGGAAUAAAGCAUCUGCAUAUUGCAAUUUUGUAUUAUAUUUUUAAAUGGAAAUCUUCCUCGUCAUUUUCUGAAUUAUAUAAAAAUUUAUAAAUUGUUUCGGCACAUAUGAACCGGGUACUAAUAUUAAUUAACUUAGCGACAGAGCUAAAUAAUUCAGAAAAAUUUAGCCAAAUUUAAAUAUUAGCCAAUAACUUCCUAAUGUAUAAGUUUAGGGCAUAAGUAUGUUAAUGUUAGGUGGACCGGAAAGUAAUGUCGUUUCUGCGCAUGUCGAUAUUUGAUUAUCAUUUGUCAGCUCAUUGUGAUUUCGACGUCGUGUCAAAGACAUUUUAAGGUUAUUGUGACUUGUUCACUUUUAAUAAAUAAUUAAAUAUUAGACUUUUUUUGCAAUUUGAGGUGGAAUGGGCAGCCAAAUACCAGAAGAGCAUAUCCGGCAUUGUAUGCUUUUUGAGUUUCGCAAGAGUAGUAACGCAACAGUUGUGACCAAAAACAUUUGCGAUGUUUAUCUAAGUGCAUUAGACAUUCGUAAAUGCCAAAGAUGGUUCUCUAAGUUCAGAUCCGGUAAUUUUGAUCUCUCUGACUCCUAUCGAUCAGGAAGACCAACAACAUUAGACAAUGACAUGCUAAGGGCAGAAGUGGAAGCAAAUCCAUGUCAGACAAUCGAGGAACUCUCAAACACCCUUAACCAACCUUGGUCGACCAUCCAAGAACAUUUGCAGCAGAUUGGAAAAAUAAGCAGAGCAGGUGUUUGGGUCCCCCAUAAUCUGUCCGAAGAGAACAAAGCCAACCGAUCCAUCACAUGCAACGUAUUGCUUCAACGGCACCAUACAGAACUGUUUUUUGAUCGCUUGAUCACUGGAGACGAAAAAUAGGUCCUAUAUGAUAAUCCAAAACGCAAAAGACAGUGGCUCUCUUCAAAUGAAUCACCACGAAGUACUGCGAAGCCGGGUUUACAUCCCAAAAAGGCGCUUGUGUGUGUUUGGUGGAGUAUACGCGGAAUUGUUCAUUUUGAAGUGCUGAAACCUGACCAAACUGUUAAUGCAGAUCUUUAUUGUGAACAAUUGGAUCGAGUGAACCAAUCUUUAAUCGAAAAGUAUCCGGCGAUUGUCAACAGAAAAGGCGUUAUUCUGCAACACGACAAUGCAAGACCGCACUGUGCAAGACGAACCUUGAAAAAUAAAUUGGGAUGGUAGGUAUUGCUUCACCCAUCAUACUCGCCCUGAUUUCUAUUUAUUCCGAUCGCUACAACAUUUUCUUAGUGAAAAAAAAUUUGAAAAUUUGGAUGAUGUCCAAAAUGCCAUCUCGAGAUAUUUUACUCAAAAACCAAUUGAUUUUUAUCGGUCCAGCAUUGAAAAUUUGCACACUAGAUGGCAAAAAGUUGUUGAUAACGAAGGUGAUUACAUUAUUGAUUAAAAAUAAAAACUUGUUAAAAAUUUAUUCGUUUGAAUUUAAUUUAAGGAAGCGACAUUACU